CUUUUAUUUACUUACGAACUUUCUACGAUUAGGUAGGUACUCCGAAGUAAUCAUUCAGUUCGUUCAGAUGCCUUAUCAAAACAUUACUUACAAUUAGGUACUUUUGUAAGUACAUAGGUAUAAUUGUUAAUUAGGUGAACGAUUGAUAUCUUGUGAACAAUUUCGUAAAUACGUACAACAAUGAUGCUAAUGUUGAUUUCGAGCUUAAUUUUCAUCAUAAUGUUGAUAAAAAAUAUCGAUCAAUUAAAAAAUAAACAGUACUACAAAUCCCUGGAGCAGUUUCCUUCGUUUCCAGCAUAUCCUUUGAUUGGAAACUUGAACAUGUUACUUGGUUCACUCACAGAUUUACUGAAAUUUAUGGAGAAAACAAUGUCACUCGGUGAUCGCCUGCUUUUUUGGUUAGGUCCUAUGCCAAUAUUGUUUUUGAAAAAAUACGACGAUAUCGCGACAGUUUUAAACCAAACUCAAUAUCGCGAUUGGCCGGGAUUUGGAAAUCAAUGGUUCGGAAUUGGAAUGGUAAAUGCCAAAUACGAAGAAUGGAAAAUAUCAAGAAAAGUAUUUACACCUGCUUUCACUACAGAAAUGAUGUCAAAAUACUUCAAUACUUUCGAAAAAAAUUCAUCAAGUCUUGUAGAAACGUUCAAACCAGCAUCGCUUUCGGGCGAAAUAAUAAAUGUUUGGGAAGAUGUGAUAAAGGUCAAUAUUGACACCAUCACAGAAAACACAGUUGGUGUAGCAAUAGAGGGAAUGGGACAAGAAGGAAAAUACUUCAGUAACGCGUUGCAUGAAGGAAUGAAAAUGUUAGCAAAACAAGCGAUGUUACCUUGGUUACAAAUACGUUUAAUAUACAAUGCAUACCUCAAAUUAACAGGAAGAUCAAAACUUAUAGAUCAGUUCCAUGCUUUGCCUACAAAGAUUCUGAAAGAUAAACUCAACGAGUACAAGAUUGCGCAAAAUUCGUCAUUGGAAGAUGUUCCAUCAUCUAAAGCAAUAAUCGACCAACUUAUCAAAGGAGGCUUAUUGGAAUCUUCGUUCACAGAAAUUCGAAUGAGAGAUGAACUAACACACAUAAUCAUGACAGCAAUCGAAACCACAGCAUUAAAUCUAUGUUUUUUGAUGUUGAUGCUGGCCAUUCAUCAAGACGUUCAGCAAAAAGUUUACGAAGAAAUCGAAGAGAUUUUUAAAGAUAACGACACUCUCACCGCAGAUCAUCUUUUUAAUGGACUCAAGUAUACGGAGCAAUGCAUCAAAGAAACAUCCAGAAGAUUUACUCAUGCUAUAAUUACUACCAGACGCAAUCACAAAGAAUGUAUAUUAAAAGAUAACAUGAUCAUUCCAGCCAACACGUUAAUUCUUGCAGUUUUACAUUUAGCCAAUCAAGACCCAGAUUUGUAUAAAAAUCCGCAAAAAUGGGAUCCGGAGCACUUUAGCGAACAAGCGAUAAAAAAUCGACCAAAAAAUAGCUUCAUGAGUUUUGGACACGGGCCAAGAUCUUGUAUAGGAAUCAGAUACGCGAUGCUUUCGGUCAAAACAAGUAUUGUGUACCUGCUACGUGAUUAUCAUUUGACAACUAAUAUAAAAGAAGUGACCAAUGAGGAUUUGACAACCGAUUUGAGCAUAAGAAGAAAACUUGGUUACCUUAUUAAAUUUUUGAGAAGAAAGCAGAUCGAAAAUGAUAAUACGAUGGGCUACGAAAUUACAUAUUGAAGCGCCACAUUUGCUUAAAAUAAUCAUAUUGAAUACAUAUGUACGAGUACCUAUGUAUGUACAUAUUUAGAUGUAAUAUAGGUACCUCUACUACCUAGGUAAUUCUAUUGCCACUUUUUCAUUUUUUAUUUUUAUAUUUUUGUUGUUGUCAAAUUGUUCGUUAUUGAAAGAUUUUGAAUUGAGUAUAGAAGAUAGUAAAAUGGCUUACUUAAGAGA